UGACCAGCAGCGUCGUGACGUCAACAAAAGGCGCCGCCACCGCCCCCACUCUCUCGUCGUCGGUGACGGAACCUGCGCGCGACGCGGUCCUGAGCUCGGGGAAGGAGUCCAUGCUGAGGGAUGCCCAAGAAGUUCCAGGGCGAGAACACCAAGUCGGCCGCUGCCCGAGCAAGGAAGGCCGAGGCCAAAGCAGCAGCUGAUGCCAAGCGGCAGCAGGAGCUGGAGGAUGCCUAUUGGAGGGAUGAUGACAAACACGUCAUGAGGAAGGAGCAGAGGAAGCUCUGCCAUUGCUCUGAUCUAAGGUCUCGGGGACUCUCUGUGGUGUCCAUUGCUCUCCAAGGAAAUCAGAUAUUCAUUUCAGGACCUCCACAAAAAGAGCGGGAAGAGAAGGAGAAGCGUCGGCUGGAGCAGCUGGAACGCAAGAAAGAAUUGCAGAGGCUGCUCGAAGAAGAAGACUCCAAACUGAAGGGGAAGUCACCCAAGCCCCUGACCCCCGGCAAAGUGACCCGGGCCCAGAUCGAGGAGACGCUCCGCCGAGAACAGCCACAUAAAGAGAAUGAGGACACAGUAGACAAGCCAAAAAGUCACCUCGAAGUACCCUUGGAGGAGAAUGUCAACCGCCGGAUACCUGAGGAGGGGAGUGUGGAAGCCAGAACCAUCGAAGAUGCCAUAGCUGUGCUCAGUGUUAAUGACGACUCUGACCGGCACCCCGAGCGCCGCAUGAAAGCUGCUUUUACUGCCUUUGAGGAGCUGCACCUGCCGAGACUGAAGAAGGAGAACCCCAACAUGCGUCUAUCACAGCUGAAACAGCUCUUGAAGAAAGAGUGGAUGAAGUCCCCUGACAACCCCAUGAACCAGCGGACCAUGGCCUACAAUGCCCAGAAAUAGGACUCAGGGAAUGGAGACAGGCAGGGGAAGCGAGGGGACCCAUCCUAGUCUGGACCACUGGAUCUCAGGCCCUCAAAUUCAGGGUUUGGGGGGAUGGGGAAGAACAGUCCCAGAUAGAACCAGUGGAAUUUUUUUUAAGCCAGUUUCCCUCCCCUGUUCUCAGCACUACUGAUUAAAAGAGGAGUCACCACCCGUCCAAGAUUCCUGCUGUUUGGCCUUUCUGCUGCCUCCCUGGGAACAAGGCCCUGCCCUUCUCUGGCUUUAGGGCACAAGGGUGCCCAUCCCAGCUUCCCUGACUCUGCAUGGCUUUGUGGCCACUUUUCUUCUCUUUAUUCUUCUCUCACUCUGUCUCUGUCUCUAUUUCUCAUCCGGGGGUAGCUUUAGCUUUCAUCUGCAGGACCUCAAAGCUCAACAUCCAUUUCUUAGACCUUGCUGCCUUGGGCAGGGCAGGGGCUCUCUUUCUCUCUUCUUAAACUGGGAAGCUGAGCCUGUCCCAGGUGAUCAGGGCCUCUGCUUGAACUGGGGUCAAGAUCUGAGUUCUCCCUCUUCCCGAUGACCUUUGAAUUUCAUGCUGAAGGAGUCAAGAGAGACUUAGACAUAUAUAACUGGCCUUCCUUUUCCCCUGUUGCUUGUAAUUGCUCAGAUAAGAACUGAGUAGUGAUUCCACAGCUCUGUAGGUUGGUCACCUGCUCCCUCCUCUGUGAGGCCCCUCCAAACCAGUUGGAUGGACCAGUUACCAGCACGCUUGAUAUCCCCUUCACUCUGGUCAUCCGCUUUCCACAGGGUUCCUGCCAAUUUUACUCAUAUGCCCAAUUCCUCCUGAACAGGUUCAGUAACAGGUGAGGCUGGCCUCCAAGGAGCUGGGUAACUGCCUUCAGUGUGGGGCUCACUUAUUCCCAGUGGGGGUUGUGGGCAAUUUAAAUUUUUUUUUUUUCAUAACGAGCAAUUUUAACUUAACUUUGCUUAACUCCCGCUCCAAUGUCAGUAGCCAGACACUGGAAUCCUAGAGGUAGAAGAUCCCCUGCCCCUCAGUGAAGCACCUUCACCUCCCACCUUCCCCCCACAACCCAAGGCUCACGGUCCUGGUCCUAGAGUUGUCCUGUUCUGUUUUGGGUCAGGCUAGUGCCAGGACCUCACUGCUCCCACUGAGGCCUUGGGGGGGGGGCGGUUGUUGGGGGCUAUAGAAGGCUGUGUCUGCUGCCUCUAAAAGCAUUUGCACUUUGGGACCCUCGAGUUUUUCAGGGCAUUCUUGCGAGGUCACCUCCAGCACUGACAAGGAACUGAGGGAGUAGGCAAAGACAGGGUGAGCACCCUGCAGAGCCUGCAGGCUCCAUCUCCUCCCCUCCAGCUCAUCAGAUGGAACAAAGUUUGUAGUGGGCUGGGGCAGCUAGGUGGCGCAGUGGAUAGAGCGCCGGCCCUGGAGUCAGGAGAACCCGAGUUCAAAUCCAGCUUCAGACACUUAAUACUAGUUGUGUGACCCUGUGUAACCCCAAUUGCCUCACACACACAAAAAAAGUUUGUAGUGGGCGUUUUAACCUGCAGACAAACACCACUAAAGGACAAGGCUGAAGCCUCCUCUGCUUAGUGAGUGUGGACCACCCUGGGAAAGACCUAGGCUGUUUGGAGAAUGGGAGGUUAAUCCUGAAAGAACUGGGGAAUUUGGAGCAAACCUGCUCCCCAAAUUGAGAGAGGGACCAGAGGGUCGAUAGGGGCAGCUCUGAGGGAUUUUUUAAAAAAGGCUUUUGGUUUGAGUAGGAAACUAUUCUCCGCACCCAGAAUGCUUCUUGUCCCUUCUGUGCUGAAAUCCUAUCCAUUCUGCAAGGCAAACACCUAGGAAGUUCUCUAAUGACCCUACUCCCCAGGAAGAAGUAAACUCUAUCUGCAUCCUCCUGUCUGGGCCCCUUGGGAUUUUGAUACCCUUCUCUUCCCUAUUGUAGUUAUUCUCUGUGCCCCUGUCUUUCUCCCCCCCCCCCAACUUCUGAGCUUCCCCAAGGACUCACAGUGGAUGGGCACCCAUCCUUCCCAGUUCCCCUUGAUGUAGCCCAGAACAGGUCCCUGCACACAGUAGGUGCUCAGUGUGCAGUCCAUUCAUUAAAUAAACAGAACUGGGUCCCACA